UUAGGUUAUAAAACGGAUUAAACGGAUUAAAGUGAAUUCUUUUUUAAAACAUAGUUGGCAUUUUGCUGCAAUUUAAGAGCUUUAAACAUUCAUAACAAAAAUCCAAGCCAAGAACGAUUGUUAUUAGUAUAAGGUCCCUUUUAACUCACAUGUUUUUUGUCGGAUUUAAAAAAUUUGAUAUUUACUCUUUCGUAUGAAGCUCAUACUAUCAAUUAAUUAACUAAACAAUUUAAAUUUGUUAUUUUUAUCUUAUUUUUUGUUGAUUAAUAUUUAUUAACCAUGAAAGUUAAAGUUAUUUCACGAAGUGCACAAGAUUAUAUGCGUGAAACUAACAAAGAUAUCCACAAAAUUCAAAGAAAUCUCGACCCUAAACUUCACCCUCUUCAAUUACCCAGAGAAUAUAAAAGAGCUUUGAAUGCUGUAAAGUUGGAUAAAAUAUUCGCCAAACCGUUUCUAUUCUCUCUUUCUGGACACAUUGAUCCAGUUGAACGUCUUCUUAAACAUCCAACAAGCCUAUCUACACUUAUCUCAGGUUCAUUUGAUGGUCAAAUCAAAGUAUGGGAUCUUAUGAAGAAAAGUUGUGUUCGGACAAUACAAGCUCAUAGUGGUGCUGUUUGUGAUUUGUGUAUGCCAAAUCAUGGUGGAUAUUUUUUCUCUUGUGGUGAUACUAAUGUAAUUAAAAGAUGGAGUCUGAGUGAAGACGACUCAGGUGAUCAGCCACUCAACUCAAUUGUGGCUAAAACUAAUAUUGUUGGAAUGGAUCAUCAUAGAAAGAAGUCUAUUUUAGUUACUUGCGGAGAAGCCGUUGAUUUAUGGGAUGAAUCUAGACCAUCACCACUCAAAACUUAUAAAUCUAAUUUUGAUACAUCUUAUAGAGUUAAAUUUAACCCCAUUGAAGUUAACAUCUUCGCUUCUACUGCAAAUGAUAGAAGUAUCACAUUGUUUGACACUCGACAAAAUGAACAUUUAAGAAAAGUCAUUCUUGCCAUGAGAACUAAUAAUGUUGCAUGGAACCCAAUGGAAGGAUACCACUUCACCGCUGCUAAUGAAGAUCACAAUUUAUACACAUUUGACAUGAGAAAUCUGAGUGAACCUCUCAAAGCACAUUUGGACCAUAUCGGAGCUGUCAUUGAUGUUGAUUAUUCACCCACUGGAAAAGAAUUUGUUAGUGGAAGUUAUGACAAAACCUUAAGGAUAUUUAAAGAGGACAGCAUUCAUAGCCGUGAAAUAUAUUAUACUAAACGUAUGCAACGUUUAACAAGUGUUAUUUGGACCUCUGAUGCCAAGUAUAUACUAUGUGGCUCUGAUGAAAUGGACAUUAGAGCUUGGAAAGCCAACGCUUCAGAGAAGCUAGGCCCUAAAGCUUUAAGAGAAGAGCUCAACUUUAGAUACCAAGAAAAAUUAAAGGAAACAUUUGCUAAUCAUCCAGAAAUCAAAAGAAUCGCCAGACAUCGUCAUGUUCCUAAACAUGUUUAUCACGGAAAGAAGGAAAAGGACGCUAUGGUUAAUGCAAUUAAAAGAAAAGAAGCUAACAGACGUGCUCAUUCUAAACCUGGAACUGUACCUGUAACGAGUGUCAAAACUCGUGCAAUUGUGAAAGAACUGGAAUAAAUCUUUUAUUUUCUAAAUAAAUUAUAGAACUUAUUAAA